GUGCCAUCUCCAUGACGCCAGCAGCGUCGUUUGUUGCAGCGGGCACGUUGGAUUGCAUUGUGGAGCCUCUAUUUCUUGGUUGCAUUAGUUAACAAUGGCAAAUUGGAAUCAACUUCAACAGCAGCUCAGGCAUCCGAACAAUCCUGUGGUGUUCUUUGAUAUUACCAUCGGCUCUACGGAGGUUGGGCGAAUGAAAAUGGAGCUUUUUGCCGACGUAGUUCCCAGGACCACAGAAAACUUCAGGCAAUUUUGCACUGGAGAGUACAAAAAGGACAGCGUACCGAUUGGCUACAAAGGCUCCACGUUUCAUCGUGUCAUCAAGGACUUCAUGAUCCAGGGAGGCGAUUUUGUCAAUGGUGACGGUAUGGGAUUGACAAGUAUAUAUGGUGGUGCCUUCCCCGACGAGAACUUCCAGAUGAAGCAUGACGCCGCUGGCUUGCUGUCCAUGGCCAACAGUGGCAAAGAUACCAAUGGCUGCCAGUUUUUCAUUACAUGUGCACGAUGCGACUUUCUAGAUGGGAAACAUGUUGUGUUUGGUCGUAUCCUUGAUGGUUUACUGGUCAUGCGGAAGAUUGAAAAUGUUCCCAUUGGACCCAACAACAAGCCGAAAAUUCCCGUUAUCAUCUCACAGUGUGGUGAAAUGUAAACUUGUGCUGGUUCGGGCAUGUAAAUACAUCUUCAAGCCCUGUGGCACGCAAAGCUUGCAAAAGUGUGCCGUUCCAAGACUGAAGAGGAGGACUCUGCACUGGAACACAUGCAUGUAUACAUAGAUCAGUGAGAAAAGCAGUAGCUGUUCCAGUGUAUGACCACUCUCUUACUGUGGUUAUUAAUGUGUGUUGGACUUGGAGAAGGAGCUUUUGAAAUGGGAAUGACACAGUGUGAUGAAAAAACUUGCAGUUUCAUAUUGUGUUUGCAAAAUGCACCAAUUGUCUCUUUGCAGCACCGCAUGUUUUUUUGCUGCAAAUGGCAAACUAAAAUAGACAAGGAUUCUUUUGAAACAAUAUUUGAGUCAUUCUUGGUUCAUCAGUCAAACACUUUCUUGCUGCUUCAUAUAUGGCAUUUUCUGUUAUUUUUGUGAUUGCAUUCAGCUAGUUUUAAGCACAUCGGUGUUUGUUACUGGCAGCCUUCAAACUUUUUGUUUAUUCACAUUUGCAAAUAAUGAUGAUGAAAUACCUGCUGUGAGCUUUAGCACCCACCACAGUGACUCAUUUUCUGUAGUAUUCAGCUGCUAAAUCAGAAUGCGAAAUGUUGUGUUUCGUUUUCAGACUGCUGCAUCCAGGCACAGGCAAACACAAGAUUGUGGGCUUGCUGCUACAGCCGUGUUUCAAUGGAAGUAGAAUGAAAAAAGAAAAGGCUUGUGUACUUGGAUUUCGGUGCACAAUAAUGAGUCCUUGCAUUGUUUGGGAACAUUAAAUCCAAAUAAAUCAGCCAUAUUUUUCAACGUAAAGGCCAUAUCCAAUGCAGUCUUCAAUGUGCAUUGAGGUGCUAGACAAAUGGGGGAGGAAGAUGGAGUGGGUGUUGGAGUAAUAAACAAUGACAGUGUUGUUUCUUCUCGUUCGUCCUGCCUCCCUUGCUUUUUAAUUUUUUUCAAGUGCUCUAAACAACUCGCGCAGCUUCAGCCUGGGACAGCCAUGCCUCGUUACAAUAAAGUUGCAGCCAGCACGAAAAUGCCUUUGUUAUAUCCAAUAUUUGUUAUAAGUGUGUAUUUGUUACAUGCUGAUAUAGGCGAAAAGCAUUUUGAGACUUAGACUCUAUAAUUUGUAAUAUUUAUGUUCGUUACAUUGAGGCUUGACUGUAUCGUGCAUUAAAACUGGUAUUAUGCAUUGGUUAAGAAUUUGACAUUUAUGCUUUGGACCCGAUGUGACAAGCCCGCAUGUUUCCAUGUUCAACUCUAGUGCUUCACAUUCACUGUGCCUUUUUCCUUGCCUACCAUUGUUUUGCAUAGUUUUCUGAAGAGUGGCUUGUAGAUGAGCUUGUUGAUUUUGGAUCAUGAUGAACGUCUUACAUUAUGAAGAAGAUAAAGGAUAAGUUAUUAAAGAAGGCAGCGUGUGCA